GUCUAAAACAUCAUCAUGAAUUAUCUGUAUCUACUCGCUUUGUGCCUGGCUUUCAUUAGCUGCUGCACUGCCCAAGAAGUCUAUGGCAGAUAUAAUGGACAGCCGGGCUGCCGAACGGAGGACGAGAUCACUGUGGGCAAAUAUCCUCAUUUCCACAACAAGAAGGCGUAUUGGGUGUGCGAGACUCUUGGAGUUCCAGCUAGGAUGGCCUACUGCCCAAUCGAGACUGCUUUCCUGAACGAUGCCAGAACUUGUGUGCCUUGGGCAGAAUACUACUGGUCACCCACUGUGAUGCCACCAAGUCAGCCUAGCUAUGGAGGAAUCUAAACGCAAACAUGUUUCGAAAUUGGCUAUGAGAAAAUGUUAAAAAACUUCUGUGAACAUAUAGACAUAUAGAAAGUGUCCUUGAUGUAUACUUAAUUUAUUACGUAUGCGACUUGUUGAACCAAAUAAAUAAAUAAAUUGAUUGAGCAUUUUAAA